GGUGAUGAACGUCCCACCAGUUCAAUUUCCGGGUGAAAAUAUUGUGCAUGAAGUAAAAUUUCCUUGCAAAUUCGUUUGGACGAACUUCUCGGUCAAUUCCAGCUUAUAAAAUGUCCCGAGGAUCAAGUGCAGGGUUUGAUCGACACAUCACCAUCUUCUCUCCUGAAGGAAGACUCUAUCAAGUCGAAUAUGCUUUCAAGGCCAUAAACCAAGGUGGGCUCACAUCAGUAGCAGUAAGGGGGAAGGACUGUGCAGUUGUUGUAACACAGAAAAAAGUACCGGACAAGCUUCUGGACGCCACCACAGUGACCCAUCUUUUCAGGAUAACAGAUAAUAUUGGAUGUGUAAUGUCUGGGAUGACGGCUGACAGCAGAUCCCAAGUCCAGCGAGCUCGCUACGAGGCAGCCAACUGGCAGUACAAGUACGGGUAUGAGAUUCCGGUGGACAUGCUGUGUAAGAGGAUCGCUGAUAUCUCGCAAGUCUACACACAAAACGCUGAGAUGCGACCACUGGGCUGCUGUAUGAUUGUGAUCGGCAUUGACGAGGAGUACGGCCCUCAGGUGUACAAAUGCGACCCAGCCGGUUAUUACUGUGGCUUUAAGGCCACAGCUGCUGGAGUGAAGCAGACAGAAGCCACAAGCUUCCUGGAGAAGAAAGUGAAAAAGAAACUGGACUGGACUUUUGAACAAACUAUCGAGACGGCAAUCUCUUGUCUGUCAACUGUUCUCUCCAUUGACUUCAAGCCGUCUGAGCUCGAGGUGGGCGUUGUCACAACACAAGACCCCAAGUUCAGGAUUCUGACAGAGACGGAAGUGGACACGCACCUGAUGGCCCUGGCAGAGCGGGACUGAGCGAGCAGAGUCGCAUCACCUGUUGGAUUAAGUUAGAGCAUGAUGGGAUAUGCAGUUCCCAGGAGGAGGCUGGUGUUAAUCUUUGUGUGCUGUACAUUUACCCCACUGUUUCAUUAAACAAUAAAAAAAAAGUUUUUGGAGUAAAAUAA